UUUCUUCAGGGGUUUCCAAUCAUACCACUACUCAAACUCCUUUUUUUUGUUCUUUCUAAAUUGUCAAAUGGGUUUUUCAGAUGGUGACCCGUUGUUGGAAUCCGGGUCAGAAUCGUAUAUAGAAGAUCUGGUAUUGGAGCUCCGUACAUGUUUCUUUGAACUAGAAUUCCAAAAUGUAGCAAAAAAGUUGGUUAACCGUGAAAACAUUUUGAUCAAGAAAUACAUUGAGCUGAAAAAAAAAUCUGAUAACGAGAAAAAAUUGCUGCUUUUUAAAAACCAAGAAUUGGAAACUGAAAUUGAGAGGUUGAAAAAGGUGAAAGAUGUAUGUGAGAAAAAAGUGAAAAUGUAUAAGGAAAAGUUUGUGGAUUUGGAGAAAAGGGUUUCCUUGUUAGAGGAAACCCCAAAGGAUGCUACUACUGCUGCUCCUGCCUCUGUUGAAAACAGUAGACCACUGUUGUCUAGCGAGAAAGGGGACUCCAACAGAAAAACAGAACUCAAGCUUCCAGAGAUCAUUGACAUUGAUGAUGACAGUGAUGAUGAGGAUAAUCUAUGUAUCUCUUCCAUAUUGAAAAGAAAACGCUGUUCAAAGGAAAUUACAAAAAAGUGUAACAGUGAUGACAACGAUUUAGAUUGUGAGUCUACACUGAAAACAAAACGGGUUUCAGUGGAGAUAAAAAAAGAGCUUGACGAUGAUUAUGUUAACAACAUUCUAACUGGAACUCCACAUAUGAAUAAACUUGAAAAGUUUCAUAAGCAAGUCGUUGGUUCAACAGAAGUCAAGCUAAACAACAUUCAGUCUUUCUUCAAUGUUUCCAACUCCAGUUCUGCUCAACAUCUUGAGAUAAUUGAUGGAAUAUACAAGUCGGUACUUGCUAAAUGGAAUAAACAAAAGCAAACUUGGCAAUUCGAGGAGGAUAUGAUUAAAGAUUUUAGUCAAGACGAUGAGCUUUGUUUGAAUGCUGUAUGUGCUCUACGUAGACAGAAAAUUAUCGUUCAUGGAUCUGAUAUGCAAAGGUUAAACGAUCUGAUGCAGUUGCUUACCGAUGCGGAUUCAGAAAGAAAGUUAACAAAAACAGCUUCAGAAUUGAAUGAAUCCGAUCUUGUUGAUUGUCGAAUGUUAGCCAGGAAGUACUCCUUUCAAAUCUUCGGGAUAUACCAGAGGAAAGAUGACCCUUUCUUCCCUACAAGAAGUUAAAGAAACAAAGGCAGAUGAUUAAACCCUUAGAUAUGUAAAAAUCUUAGUUUUUUUUUUGUGAAACUCUGAAGGUUUUUGCAUCAUCAUGAAGGUAGAUUAAACAAUACAGAUGCAUUUGGGAGUCUUGAAAAUUUUUGUAUACAUCUAAGAUUAGAAUUA